UCAUAAGGCCAUCGAGAUCACGUCUAUCUCAGCUUGUAAUAACAGACACUUGAUCACGAGGACGAGACCGGCGUGAAACACACACACGCAGCAUAAACACAUGCUUUGCGUGUGAGAAAACGACGGGCGAAAUUUACGAGCAGGAAUUGUUUUUGUGGAAAAGACAUUUUAUCACCUGAAAGUGGACUUUAUUAUAUACAAGUGAACUUCAAAAACAAUAUUUAUACUAUUGGGAGCAGGGACGGUGUGGAAAUGCAACCGGGUCCGCUCCAACACCGCUAUCACCAUUCUGCCAAUGUCCCGGGGAUCGGGAACGGGGCCGGGCUGAGUGUGGUACCCGCCCUGUUCGGGGACCAGAACUACUAUCGACAUGGUGGCUAUACUUCCGUGACCAUGGAUAGAAUGGCCGCUAUGUACGGGGCGGCGGAACAGUAUCCCCACAUGGGGCGCUCUAACCCCUACAGUCCCUACGCCCCUCCACAACAGGUACACAAGGACAUGGUCAAACCACCCUACAGCUACAUCGCCCUCAUUGCCAUGUCCAUCCAGAGCCAGCCGGAUAAGAAAAUCACCCUCAAUGGAGUAUAUCAGUUCAUUAUGGACAGAUUUCCGUUCUACAGGGAGAAUAAACAGGGGUGGCAAAACAGUAUACGCCACAACUUGUCCCUCAACGAGUGUUUCAUCAAAGUGCCUCGGGACGACAAGAAGCCCGGGAAAGGAUCGUACUGGAGUCUGGACCCAGACAGUUAUAACAUGUUCGACAACGGUAGCUACCUCAGGAGAAGGAGACGGUUUAAAAAGAAGAACGCUAUCAAGGAUAAGCUCGAUCGCGACUCUGACGACCCAAAGGAUCAACGGAAAUGUCCGAAUGACCAAAAGACUGACGGUGAAAAUGACAUUCCCAGAAAUGGUGAGUCAGUGACUUCAGAAUAUUCAGACAGUUCCAGUAGCCCCAAUAAAUACGAUCUCAAGAAAAACCCGCACGGUCUGGAGACCCCGCCACACUCUCCCGGAACUCGGAUGCUCCCGGUCACUGGGACCAAAUUAGAGCCUCUAGACCCGGUCAGUCCGGACUGUAUGAAUACUGGACACUCUCAUCACAGUCCGAGCUCGCUUCCUAUUCCUACCGACCCUCUGGACCCUCCGUCCAGCAACUUCUCCGUGGAGAACCUAAUGACCAACCCUCAUACCAGCGUACCCUGUGACAUUUCCAAUACGUGCAACUUCGCGCCGAGCAGACAGACACCACUCAUCAGUCCGUCCGUCCUACAAUAUACGGGUACCCGGGUGUCCGACAUUUACAGGAAUGUGUCCACAUGCAACCAGAACAUGUCGCCCCCUCUGGGAUAUUCGUACCCCUCUAACGCAAGUGCUCAGUCUCUUCUUGGACAGUCCUCUAUCGGAAAUCCUGGGGUGCAUUCUCUGCAGAUCGCCUCCCCCGGGGCGGAGGACGGAAGUUCAGGAAGUGCUAGUCCCCAACCCGCGCCUGCCCAUGCCCACGGAACUAUUUCUCAAACCAAUGGGAUUAACUCCGCCAUGUUUACAAUGUCCCAGAAUCAGACAUACGGACGAACAAGUGCUUGGUACAUGUCCCCACCCACAGGGGAAUUUUCUUCCCAUAGUACGGACUUCUCGUCACCCUCGCCCUUCUCCGCGGUCCGGGAUGUGUUUGACAGUCAGAGACUUCUCGGGGGACAGCCCGGGACCCAGGGGCAGUCCACCGCAAGCUGUCAGCUAGCGGCCUUUAGGACUCCUUACAAAUCCCCUGGCUCGUACACAUGUGAAUACAGUAAGUUUUGAUCGAGAAUUCAAUGUUAGUUCAUGGUGCAAAAAAACUGGUAAAUGUGGAUUUUUCUAUUUUCUAUUAUCUUCAUUUUUUUUCUAGUGAAUAUCUGAAUAUUGUGAUUUUUUUUUUAUCUCAUUGACUUUUAAAUGUGACGAGAAAACGUGCUCCGUUUCCAGAAGACAAUUGGAACUGUGAUUGAACUGUUUGACCAAUAGGUCGUGUAAAGUGGUUCUCAAAGAUAGCUUUAAGGUAUGGUGUGUGUAAGCUUUUACUUAGAAGCAAAUAUCAAAAGUAUAUGACAAAGUAUCCGUUAUGCUUAUAGCCUAUCUGAAGGUAUUGUAGCAUGAAAUAUGUGUAUUCAUUUAUUUUGUAUGGAAUAUGAGAUAAAUUACAUAAU